GCGACUUGAGGAUCUCGUGGCUCUCUGCCAUACCAUUCGUGACAAUACUGCAAGCGGGCUGGUCACCGUUGUCUCAUUCGAGAACUUCGAAGCAAUUCUCGAGCCAAAAAAUGAGCUGCUCAACGAUUUUCUGGUCAUGAUGCGGGACGGACACUUUACAGAUAGAGGACAUGUUCGCAGUCUAGGCAGCCCACUACUUUUCUUCCUGGUCAAUCAGGAGCCGCCGUCUUUAGAAGGCAUCCCUACACCAACGGCAUCAUCGAACGACUUCAAAGACCGGCAAUUCAUUGAUGAGUCACAGCUCUUAGAUCAUCUUCAUGGCGUUGUGCGUAUCCUAGGACCAAACCAGACCAGUGCGCAAGACAAGAUGUUCUCGGUGCGUCGAGCCAUGAUGCUGCGACAGAUGCUCAAACAGAAAUUUCCACACCUCUUUGAGACGACUGGUCAGAUCAAGAUCGAAGAGGGCGUUCUCCAUGCUCUCCUGUUAGUCCCUCACUACAAGCACGGCCUCCGAUCCUUAGACAAGAUCCUCAGCACGAGUCGUCUCUCAAGCAAAGUCAAAUUCGACGUCUCCGCCCUACCUCCAGAAGAGCAAAUACAGCUUCACGUCGACGGGCGAACAUUCAUGUCUUUCCUUCGCUCACCCAAGCUGCCCGCUGCUCUUCGAGAGCGCCUCGCACAAGGGCUCUUCGUGGCAUACAAGAAGAAGCGAACCGAGAUGGCGAGAACACCAGCUGAGAAGGAAGCAUUAGAAUCUGAUGCGAGCAUGUACGAUUGGGACGAGCUGGCACCAGAACUGAAAGAGUCAACGCGGGCUCAGGCCGACGAUAUCCCUAGAAAGCUUCGGGCAGUGAACUGCUUCAUGCUGAACGAAGAUCGAUCAGAGCCACUUAUACAUGUCCCGGAAUUCUCGGUAGCGGAACUGGACAUGUUGAGCGAAAUGGAACAUGAGCGGUUCAAUGCGGAACGCUUGCAGAGGCAAUGGAAGAUGGGACCUCGCAGUUCGAAUAAGAGAACGACACCUUUCCUCGUACCUUGGAGAGAUCUUACGCAGGAUUGGAAAGACGUCGAUCGGGUCAUGGUCGAAUGUGUUCCGCGAGUGCUGGCAACGGCAGGUUGGAAGAUCUACAGGAUGCAGGAAGACAGUUGAUUGUCUCGUGAGAAACGAUUGUACCAAGCCAGCGGCGUCUUUCUGAGUGUCAAUACCCAAAUCGCGGUUCUUGGAAGAGCUUUGGUACUGGAGUCCUAUCUCAUUCACGAAGCGCCUCUGGCACCUCCCGGAGCGAAGCGAAGGUCAGGUGACCGGGGGGAGCUCCGCUCGUGACAUAUACCAGCUGUGUCGAUUUCUUGGCGCUCUGUGAUUGGUCGGGUUUCAAAUGUUGCAUCAUGUGACUCAAGCUUCAGGCAUCCAGGCAUUCAGUCAUUCAGCC